GGAUGGCGAUCAGGGCACAGUUUUAGUGUCGCUUUUUAUUUAUUCUUUGCUUUGCGCGAUGCGAAAUUUCAACGCACAUGUUCUUCACCGAGUCGUGUCACAGGAUCGUACAAUUUACCGGAUUUGGCCACGCUCCGUCCUUUUUUUUUUUUCUAUACGAAAAUUUUCGUGGCAUGGAAAUUUUUCACAGUGGCACAAAAAAAACCAGUUGCAUUUACCGGGACAAACAUAAAGAAUGCAUGAUUGCAAUACGACCAUAUAUACAGAUAAAAAGAUAUCGAAACCAUACCAAUCGUUGGCAACGGAAUAAAAAACAAAAAAAAGAGUGGUGGGAUGGACAAGGCAAAAAAGAAAAAAAAACAAUAAAUGAUUGGCUGUUUACAAACGAGCAGGAAUGCAAAAAAAAGAGAAUAAAGUAGCGUGUUGAAAGUUCCAAUGAUGGGAUAGAUUGAAUAAAA